CUCUCUCUCUCUCUCUCUCUCUAUCUCUCUGCUCACAGCAACACGAGCUUCAAGAACGUACGAGACCCGCUUCAAAGCUCAGGACGAUCGUGAAGAGAAGAUGAAGGCUGCUGCUCGUGGGCUCGCUUCGAUUCUCUUAGUUGCUUUUCUUCUGUUCUCCUCCUCGUUCGCUCGUCCCUUGUCGACUGCUACUCAAGUUGUCCUGAGUGGAGUAAAACCAGAGGAGGCUGAUGGCAACCUAGUCGCCGAAGCAACUGAUCUCCUAAAUCUUAUGGGGAUGGAGUCAGAUGAGUCGUGCGGCGACCAAGAUGAAGAAUGCCUUAAGAGAAGGAUGAUUGCAGACGCUCACUUGGAUUACAUCUACACCCAGAAUCACAAGCCUUGACAACUAUCAAUCGGUGAUCACGUGAUGUAUCUAAAAGCUUAGAAAAGAGGACAAGCAUAGCUGUGGGGAAAAAUCCAGCAUAUGUUAUUAAAAAAAAAGGAACCAAAAACAAAAAUGAUUUGGAUCGACACUUGUAUUACUAGUUAUUACUACCGGUUUUUUUUUUUAUUACUACCAGUUGGCUUGUGCGUAUUAUUAUGUGUUGGGGAGGAAUCCAGAAGACAGGAGGGGUUGGCUUUUUUAUGCACAGAAGCAAAUAAAUAAAUAUAUGAUUUGUAAGAAAGAUUCCAUUUGAGAGAGAGCAAGUGAAAUGCUUAUGUUUUACA